CUGAACUAUGACAUCAUGGCAAGAUUUCGCAGAAGAACAUGCAUUAUUUUGUUGCUUUUUAUUUUGUUUAUUUGCUCCAUAAUGAUGGCUUUGAAGACUCUGAGACCUGACAGAGCUGGAUUUGGGGAUCCGUUUGGACUUGGUUUGUUGCCUGAGCUUCAACAACGGACAGUGCUCUUAGAAAAUAAACAGAAUUCACUAAACAGGGUUCAAGGAGAUACUGUAACACACGUCAGUAAUUUGCAUAGUAUUGCGGCCAACACUAUGAAAGCUUCUAUGCCUCCUGCAAACAAGCUGGAAGAAGAGCUGUCUUCUCCUAAUUAUAACUUUCACAUAUUCUACUAUAGUUGGUUUGGUAAUCCACAGUUUGAUGGAAAAUAUAUUCACUGGAAUCAUCCCUUGUUGCCACAUUGGGAUCCCAAAAUUGCGAACAAUUAUCCAAAGGGAAGACAUAAUCCUCCUGAGGACAUUGGGGCCAACUUUUAUCCUGAACUUGGAUCUUACAGUUCCAAAGACCCUUCUGUCAUAGAAGCCCACAUGAAACAAAUGCGUUCAGCCUCAACUGGUGUAAUAGUGCUUUCAUGGUACCCACCGGGUAUGGCUGAUGAAAAUGGAGAACCAACUGAUGAUUUGGUGCCUGUUAUUUUGGAUUAUGCACACAAAUAUAAUCUAAAGGUCACUUUUCAUAUUGAACCUUACAAAGACAGAGAUGAUCGCAGUAUGUACCACAAUGUCAAAUACAUCAUUGACAGAUAUGGAGGCCACCCGGCCUUUUACAGACAUAAAACCAGCACAGGCAGAUACCUUCCUAUGUUUUAUGUUUACGAUUCUUACGUAACACUUCCUGAAAUAUGGGCAAAUCUGUUGACUGUGUCUGGAUCCCAGACUAUCCGAAAUACUCCGUAUGAUGCAUUAUUCAUUGCACUUCUUGUAGAAGAAAGACACAAGCAUGACAUUCACAGAAGUGGCUUUGAUGGAAUGUACACGUACUUUGCCACCAAUGGCUUCUCCUAUGGCUCAUCCCAUCAUAACUGGGCAAGUUUAAAAGCCUUUUGUGAUAGUAACAACUUAAUGUUUAUUCCAAGUGUGGGGCCAGGAUAUAUUGAUACCAGUAUCAGACCAUGGAACAACCACAACACCCGUAAUCGUGUCAACGGGAAGUACUAUGAGACUGCCUUCAGUGCAGCCCUUCUAGUGAGACCAGAAAUUAUUUCUAUUACAUCUUUUAAUGAAUGGCAUGAGGGAACUCAGAUUGAAAAAGCUAUCCCCAAACGGACUGGACAGAUGGUUUACCUUGACUAUAAGCCUCAUAAACCAAAUAUUUACCUAGAGCUUACUCAGAAGUGGUCUGAGAAGUACAGAAAAGAACAAGAGCAGUGGCUUAUGUGAGCUGUUGCUGCUCCAGUUGUAUCCUCAUGCAAUGACCACAUUGAGAAAGAAAUUGGGAGCUGAAAAAUCCAUUCUUAAAUGUCUUUAUUUUAAGUAUAUUUAAAUUAUUAUAUUUCUUGAAUGUAUAUGCAUUACUACUGAAUUUGAAUUUUGAAGAGUGAAAAUAUGAUG